AAACAAUCGCCGGUUUUAAUUGGGUAUCUGGUAUCUUGAUUCAACGAAGAAACUAAAAGGAUAAAAAAGACAAAAGACAAGACUUUCUAGCUUUUUUUAUAUAACGUGACAACUACAGAACACGUUUAAAAAGGUGACAACCUUGUUUGGAACUUGGAAUCGACAGAUGACAGUAGUAAAUACAAAGUGACACGUGUGGGUGGGGAUGACACAAUAUUACGAUUACGAUCCUCGGCGCUGUUGUGGUUUUGGUGUUUAUUUUCAUGUUUGUGUUUAUUACCAUUAAAUUUUUUAGUAAAGAAAUAUUUAUAGGGUCUAUCGAAGCACCUCUAUUGAAACUUCAAGUUCCAAAUUACCUGUAUAUAAGUCAUAUAACUCCCGACUUUUUGAGCAACAAACCUAAGUGGUGCUACCAAUAGUCGAGAGAAUGGUUCGCAAACGAUGUAACAAACGGAAGAAAAAUUCAUGAAUAAAUUGAGUGAUGGAUUUGGCUCUAAAUAAGGAAAAUGUGACAACCUUACUCAUUGAUACUGAUUCCAAAACCCUUGCUGCUGGUGUCAUUCCUGAAAACCCAGAUGAUGGACCUGAAUGUGGUAAAAUAGAUAUAAGUUAUAAGGGAAAGCUGUCCCAACAAAAUAUUUUAGAUAAGGCCUUCUCGAUUGAUGAAAAUGAUCUUGCUACCCCUUUAGAACCCACCCAAGUUGAUUCGUUUCCAGCAUUCACUUGCAACGGACCGAUCAAUGAUGAGAUUACGUCAGACAGCAUUUCUGAUGAAGAUGUCAUCGAAGAAGAAAACGACCUGGACGAUAAAACUCAGACAGAAUCUGCGGAAACAUUACCAUUGUCAAGAUCGAUGGAAAGGAUUAGCUCAGAUGACCUCUCCCAAUUCUGUGCAGGACCUUGUACUGACAUUACCCCAGAGAAUAUCUCUGAAGAACACAAACAGACGGAACCGAUAUUAAAUUUGGCAACGUCAAGAUUGAGGAAAAGUAAGAGCUCCGAUGAUCUCAAUCAAUUAUUUAAAACUUCUCUCGAAGAGAGUAUUAUAGAACACAGCCCUACUGAUCUAGAAAGACAUGCAGAUGUUGAAACAUUGACGGAAACAUUUGAAGACAUUACUUUAAUUCAUAGACCAAUCCUUCGAAAGAAUUUGACAAAAGAUGACGACGUUGCGUCAUUCUGCUUAUAUGACAGUAAAAAACAUGUUUCUUUUCCUGCCGAUGACGAGAUGUUGGUUAGUUUCCGUGAUGCAAAUGAUUUCGAAAUAUGUCAAAUUACUGAAGAGAUGUCUGCCGAAGAAAUUACACGGUUGUAUCAGGAAUCGUGUAUCAAGCACAAAACAAUUGAAUUAGACACCAUACGCCAUCAAAUAAUGGAAAUCAAACACAACUUAAAUCACUCAGCCGUACUUAAACUAAGUUCAGUCAAUAUAACGGCUGAAGUAAACGACACUUUAGAAGAUUUAUUCAGAGUUACCAACUUCAGUAGUCUCAGUCUCGUUGACUGCAAGUUUAACGCAGAAACUAUGAAUGAAUUUUUGAAUAUGCUAGAGUAUUAUGAUUCUGUGUGUCAUCUGGAAUUGGAGAUGAAUUUCCAAGAUGAAGAUGUGUGGAAAUGUUUCUGUUCUGCGUGUAGUAACAUUUCCGUUUUGGAGUCUUUGUCUUUGAAAAAGAUGACUAUAAAUGAGUCUUAUAUGAGGUUUCUCCUCAGGGCUGUUAAAACCAACAACCACAUUACCACUCUAAAAUUUGAUGGUUGUGUGCUAGCUAAAUUGCCUAGUUUUUAUUUAGUGGAAAAUUUAAUGAUCAAUCGAACAAUUCAAGAAUUGUACCUGCCGUCUACUGGUCUCUACACAAAAGAGGCUGACUGUCUUUCCCGUUUCUUAUCUAUCAAUAGAUUCUUAAAAGUUCUAGAUAUCAGUAAUAAUUUUAUUGGAGAUAGGGGGCUGGAAUCUCUAUCCAAAGGACUUUGCACACAAAACCAACCAGACGUUGGAAUUUCGGCCCUUAGUAUUUACAAUAACCAACUUACAGAAAAAAGCGGACCAAUUAUAGGCAAUAUUAUAGAAAAGUGUAGAAACCUACAUACAUUUAAUGUUGGUUACAACAACUUGACUGACGCAGUACUUAAGCAUAUAAAUCUUAGUUUGCCGUUAACGAAAUCCCUAGAAGGUUUAGGAUUACAAUGUACAUUAUUGACAUGCAAAGGAGUAUACGAACUUGCAGCAGCUAUACCAAAUAAUACAACUCUUAGGAAAAUUAAUCUGAAAGGAAAUAAAGCGAUCCAGGUAAAUGGAGUCGAAAAACUCUGCCAGGCUUUAACCAAUUCUAAGAUAAAUAAAAUUGAAAUUGAUGAAAACAACAGGUCUUGCAGUGAUCCGGAAGCAUACUCCCAGCUGGUAAAAAAACUGUCCGCCAUAUGUACUGUCAACAAAUCAUUUAUAAAUGAGGAACAAGACGUACCCGAUACUCAUAUUAUAUCUCGUAAAAUGUCCCUAAAUUGCGAACCAAGAUACACUGUGCCGGAAUCGACUAGCUUAUUCCAUGUAGGUUCUUCUCGACUUUCGCCAAUCCCAUCUCCUGUAUCCAGUCCAUCGCCCAAAAGUCGCUUUCAUAUAGUGAAAGUUAGCGAAACGGGUGGAGAAGGCCAUGCGACUUCUGCGAGCACUAGUCAUAGUCCUAGCCCUAGUUCGAGAUCAAAAUCCAGAUUCCAAGUAACUAGAGUACCUCAAUCACCAGACGAAGAUGUCUCAUUAGGCAGAUUCGCCAACGUCCGCAGCAGUGUAUCUUCCAAUGAUAGCAUGGAUUCUCUUACUACGUUGCAUUUAGAUAGUGAUAGUGAAUAACAUUUAUUAUUGUUUGAUGUUAUUUGUAUCAUUAUUGUUGUUUUCUGAGGUAUUACUAGGAUAAGUGUCGUGUUACACCGAACACGCUGAAAACUAUUGCUUUUUAAAUUUUCUCAAAUGUUUGCAUUUAUGAGAUAUAUUUUUCAGUAAUUCCUAAACAUUUAAUUAAUUAACGGCAUGCAACAUCUCAAUACAAUAUAGUGUUCAUCGACCAAAACUAGGCAAACAACUUUAAAAAAAUAUUAAUAUGCUAGUAUUAAAUUGCAACCAACAAUAAGGACAUUGAUAAAAGGGUGCAAUCUACAAUAUAUAGAGAUAUUAGGUUUGUUCGUGCAACGGUCAGUAACCGUUGCCAACUAUCAGAUGCAUGCGCGUUCGUACUCCAUGAACGCUAACUGUUAACUGCGCAUCGCUAACUGUUAACUGCGCAUGCGUCUGAUCAUUGGCAACGGUUGCUGAUCGUUGCACGAACAAACCUAUGAUCAUUUGAAAAUUAUCGUUUUAUUUACUUUUUAUAUUUUUUUUUGUUUUUCCAAAAAACAAAGGUUGGAUUAAUUUUAGUUUUAACAAGGUAAGAAAAUGUUUUAACGUAAAAUUUUAAUGCUACAAUUUUAAUCUUUUGUUUGCAUUUUUUUCUGAAAAUUUAUAUUUUUAACUUUAAAAUUGUGGCCAAUGUACUUGAGAAUUCCGAACUUUUUAGCAAAGUCUACUUUUUUCAUUUUGGGAUUCUCCUUUACAUAUUUAUUGAUUUUUCAUGUGUGUACUAAACUAAAAUCACAAUAAAGAUGCACUAGAAAUAAACAAACCAAAACUCGUUCAAUGUUACGAGGAGCACUUGCGAAUCAUGAUUUACAAUGUAUAAACUAGUGAUGUAACGAAUGUCAUUUUUUGAACAUUCGCGAAUACGAAUGCGAAUGCGAAUAUCUGCUACCGACAUUCGCGAAUGCGGAUGCGAAUGCGAAUGUCCAGUUUUUUAAUAAUUUGUUUCUAUUUUUGUAAUGUUUCCUAAAUUUAUAAUGAAAAGUUAAUUGGUAUUUAGUGUAAAUCAAUCUGAAUCUUAAUCUUUAUCACAUAAUACCAAAUAAUAAAAUAAAGUGAAAGCUGAUAAUGUGAUUAUUCGAGGUUAAGUUACCUUUUCUUAAUAAAAAAAAGUUGAGAAGUGAAUAGAUUUUGAUUUUAUUAACCUAAUAUUAUCUUCAAAUGAUUUUUUUUCUGAUAUUCACAUUCGCUAAACAUUCGCACAAACUUCGCGAAUGCGGAUGCGAAUGCGAAUAUGCAAAAUAUGCGAAUAUUCGCGAAUGCGAAUGCGAAUACGAAUAUUCGUUACAUCACUAGUAUAAACUGUGUAUAACAUGAUUGUUGAUUGACAAUGUAUAUACAUUGUAAAUUAUGAUUUGGGAGUGCUCUGCGUAACAUCCAACGUGCCUUGGUUUGUUUAUUUCUAGUUCAUCUUUAUUGUGAUUGUGAUUGUAGUAUAGAGACAUAUGAAUUAUUGUGAAAUUGAGUGUGACUAAUUGAUAGUACAUAUUAUAUAUAAAGGUUAUAAUUUGACAAAAUUCGUUAAACGAAGGCAAAUAAUACUUUUUAUUUAUAUGUUACAUAAAAUAAAUAAUACUUUUUAUUUAUAUUUUACAAUGGUUGAAAAUUCGUUAUAAAAAGGUUUUUUAUUCCGUUUUAGUAAGGGUUGUUAUAUUAAGAGUACACUAUAAUAGGAACAUAUUGUAUGUCCUCAGCUAGCUCGCAAAAAUGUGGUACUUUAUACAAUCUAAAAGUUUUAAUAUAAUUAUGUUUAUUUUUUUAUGUUAAUAAUCAUCAUAUUGAAGACCUAAAAAGAAGUACAAAAAAUUGUUUAAUAGAAAAAACUAAACAUCAUCUUAAAAUUCUUGUAGCCUUUGACAACGGUGACGUUUGUGAACAAGUGACGUCACACAAUUUUGUUGCUGUUCGUUUUUUACAUGACUUACACUUUGACCAGAAUAGGGCCUUUCAUCGAUUGUCAUUUGUUUCGAGCUUCUGUCAGAUGUUGUAUAAUCUGUGUAUAAUAUUAAUAUACACAGAUUAUACGACAUAUGACAGAAGCUUGAAACAAAUGACUGUGAAUGAAAAGCCCUAUAGGAAUAGACGCGAGCUUCGUGAAAAAUGUGAGAAGCGAUGUAGAAUUCCUUUGGGGCUUAAAUUACAGAGUUGCCUCGGUUCUUAGAAAUAUUGACUGAUUUCUUUUGAAAUGUCGUUUACAUGAAUCAUUGUUUAUAACGAGUUGCAUGUAGUUAUUUAAUAUUUGUAAGUUUUAAAUGGUUAUUUAAAAAUGUUCGGUUACUAUGAGUUCUUUAUCAUCAUCAUCAAUGGUGCUACAGCCCUAUGAAAGAGCCUCGACCUUCCCAAGUCUAUUACGCCAGUCAGUCAUAUCCAUUGCCAACCGUUGCCAGUUUGCUGCGCCUAUUUUUCUCCCAUCAUCUACGCCAUCUUUCCAUCUAAGUUUUGGCCUACCCCUAUUUCUACUUCCCACAGGUUGUGACAUAAGGAUUCUUCUAGGAGGGUUGUUCUGCUGUGAUCUUGUAAGAUGUCCUGCCCAUCUUAGUCUUCCUAUUCUUAUAAGAGAUACUACGUCUUUACCACCAAAUUUUUGUUUAUAUCUG